GAUAUUUCGAUACAUGCUGUGAUAUAUAAGCUCUAGCCGCCUCUCGCUAUCCAUAGUAGCUGCACUCGCUUAGAAUCGUCGAAAGCUCCGACGAGUUUCCGACAUGAAUCUACGAGCAAGUGUAUUAACGACCGUGUUGGUCGUAGUUGCUACUGCUGCCGUCCGUGCAUCACCUGUAGGGGACUGUCCCCCAGUAGAUCCAGUGGACCACACAGACCACCUACCAGACAGCAAAAACUGUUCACUUUUCUACAAAUGUGAUCACGCAGCACCUGUACUGUUUGUGUGUCCUGAUGGGUUGCACUUCAACCCUACACUGGAAGUAUGUGACUGGCCAGAAAAUGCAGGUUGUGCAGGUGGAUCAGCAUCAACUUCAGCUCCUAGCUCCACAGCUGCUCCAACAAGCGCUGCCACUACAGCUGCUCCAACUUCAGCACCAAGCUCAACAGCUAACCCUGCUCCAACAGGAGACUGUCCAGCUGUUGGUACGUGCCCACAAAAUGAGGAUGAGAAUUCUGUUGCUAAGCACCUUCCGCAUGCCUCAAACUGCAGUCAGUUUUGCAAAUGUGACCAUGGGAAACCGGUGAGAUUCGACUGCCCGGCUGGACUGCACUUCAACCCUACUCUGGAGGUAUGUGACUGGCCAGAAAAUGCAGGCUGUGCAGGUGGAUCAGCAUCAACUUCAGCUCCUAGCUCCACAGCUGCUCCAACAAGCGCUGCCACUACAGCUGCUCCAACUUCAGCACCAAGCUCAACAGCUAACCCUGCUCCAUCAGGAGACUGUCCAGCUGUUGGUACGUGCCCACAAAAUGAGGAUGAGAAUUCUGUUGCUAAGCACCUUCCGCAUGCCUCAAACUGCAGUCAGUUCUGCAAAUGUGACCAUGGGAAACCGGUGAGAUUCGACUGCCCGGCUGGACUGCACUUCAACCCUACUCUGGAGGUAUGUGACUGGCCAGAAAAUGCAGGCUGUGCAGGUGGAUCAGCAUCAACUUCAGCUCCUAGCUCCACAGCUGCUCCAACAAACGCUGCCACUACAUCUGCUCCAACUUCAGCACCAAGCUCAACAGCUAACCCUGCUCCAUCAGGAGACUGUCCAGCUGUUGGUACGUGCCCACAAAAUGAGGAUGAGAAUUCUGUUGCUAAGCACCUUCCGCAUGCCUCAAACUGCAGUCAGUUCUGCAAAUGUGACCAUGGGAAACCGGUGAGAUUCGACUGCCCGGCUGGACUGCACUUCAACCCUACUCUGGAGGUAUGUGACUGGCCAGAAAAUGCAGGCUGUGCAGGUGGAUCAGCAUCAACUUCAGCUCCUAGCUCCACAGCUGCUCCAACAAGCGCUGCCACUACAGCUGCUCCAACUUCAGCACCAAGCUCAACAGCUAACCCUGCUCCAUCAGGAGACUGUCCAGCUGUUGGUACGUGCCCACAAAAUGAAGAUGAGAAUUCUAUUGCUAAGCACCUUCCGCAUUCCUCAAACUGCAGUCAGUUCUGCAAAUGUGACCAUGGGAAACCCGUGACGUUUGACUGCCCGGCUGGACUCCACUUCAACCCUACUCUGGAGGUGUGUGACUGGCCAGAAAAUGCAGGUUGCUCAGGUGGAUCAGCAUCAACUUCAGCUCCUAGCUCCACAGCUGCUUCUACAAGUGCUGCCACUACAGCUGGUCCUACAAGUGCUGCCACUACAGCUGCUCCAACGGCAGCACCAAGCUCAACAGCCCAACCAACAGAAGCCCCAUCAGGAGACUGCCCAGCAGUAGGCUCCUGCCCACAAUAUGAAGAUGAGAACUCUAUUGCUAAACACCUUCCACAUGCAUCUGACUGCACCAAGUUCUGCAAAUGUGACCAUGGGAAACCUGUCACUUUCGACUGCCCUGCUGGACUCCACUUCAACCCUACUCUGGAAGUAUGUGACUGGCCAUACCAUGCUGGCUGUGCAAAUAAAUCAGGAUCAACCGCAGCUUCUAGCUCAUCUACAGCUUGACCAACAAGUAUGCCUCUACAGAUGGUCCAACAUCAGCUACACCAACUACUGCUGCACCAAAGAGCUCCAUGGGGUCAGGUGAUCAAGAGCCUUACAAGUCAAUGGGAUCAUGUCGUGCUUAUGAUCUAGUCCUUAUUGUCUAGUAUCUUGCAUAUAAAACCAGCUGUACUGUAUAUUGUAGACGAUGUAGCAAUGAUUUGGAUAUGCCUGGGUGACUGCAUUUCGGUGUGAAACUACAUGAUUUUGACUGGCCUUCUUGUACUGGUUGCGAAUCACUGAAAAGUGCAUUUAUAUAUUUGAACUGUUUAUUACGUUAAAAUUUUUCUGCUAAUGUGAUUAUGUAUUGUACAUAUUCCUCUCAGAACACAUAAUAAAGUCAUAUAUUUAA